UUUUGACCAUCUUUUUUUUCCCCUCUUUGCGAUGGCGCUAAGUCACGACAUGCUAUUAUUGGUUAGUUUAUAUGUGCAUAUCAUACCGAAUAAAAGUUCAGCAAAAUUUUUCGCUGGAACAUUACUUUGCUCCGUAUUAAAUUAACAUGGUCACACGAUUGCACGUUAACGAUAAAGAUCUAGUUGACCGGGACGAGACCGAAUUGCAUUUUAUGCCAUGUAAAAUUCACGGGGACGAAGCCGCAAAUGUUUCCUCUUAUUUCAAGCCUUACAUUCGUAUGGUAGAUGAAGGAUAUUACGAUUGUUCUUUUCGUGGCUACUCGCUUCAGGGGAAGAAGGUAACUGUACCUGCAGGAUACAAAGGUAUGAUGUUUAUGGAGAACAAAAAGACAAACAAUGAAAGCAAAGAGAGGAAUUUGUAUUGUAUGGGAACCUUCUCGCAGUUUACAUACUGGAACUAUGAUAGGAUACCAUCUAAGAAUGAUACUCUUGUGGCUGCAUUAGAUUGGAUCGACAUAGCUAAAGCAUUACAUUCAUCAGAAAUAUAGGCGAUUCUAGGAAUAAACUAUUUCAACAGAAAGAUACGUUCUUGUUCAAAUAUUACAUUUUUAUACUUUGAUAGAAGAGAGAUAAUAAAGACACAUUUUGUACAACAGAUUUAUUUUUACAGCAUCAUAGUUGGAUGGUUACACCACAAAUACCCAUAUAAUCUAUGACAAUGAGCAUAAGAAUUCUAUGAUUAAUUAUAAGAUGCGUAAUGAGACUGGGUGGUGGUAAUAUUAUAGCCUAAUUAGCAGUGACAUUCAAAGAAACACGCAGUUACCUGUUUAGAUAUUUGUGGACUUGUUUCGUUUAAUAUGAUAGUACAAUUCGUUCUGCAUAAUAAAUGUACUCUGCAGACUUCUUAGGGGACGUAAAUCUGUUUUACAUAGGAUUAUAUGUUUUAUAUGAUUUCAUAUUCCAUUUUACAUUAAAUGCAUUUUUUAUAUAGUGCCGUCGAUAGAGCUUAUAAUAUCUAUCAUAAUUUAAGGAAGGAUGUAUCCGAGCAGUCAUACAUGCUAUCUUAAGCAACUCCUAAACGCUCAAUAUUGUUGAUCAUCUAGGGUGAGCUAUUUUAGUUAUACAAAUGUAAGAUUUACAAAAUAAAUUUUUUCAUUACGCAG